AUGGCCAGCCACCGAACGCACACCAAAACCACCGGCGCCCCGGACUAUGACAGUCCGCAAUUCUGGGAUGCCCGUUUCGCAGCCGGCCAAGAUGUGGGCGAGUGGUUGAAUUCAGGCGAAGCGUUGAUCGACACCUUUGUCGCAGAUCUGGAGGGUCGACGACCAUCUUUGUCGGGAGAUCAUCCACCACGCACCUUGCAUCUGGGCCCGGGAGUCUCCAUGCUUGGCUUCAAACUACAAGAGAUUUAUCACCAGCGGCGCUGGAAGAGUUGUCACAUUCUGAAUGUCGAUUUUUCCGCCGAGGCUGUACGCCGUGGCUUAGAAGCAGAAAGGAACAAACCGCGCGAUCAAGCCAUGACCUGGCACCAGGCAGACUUACUCUCCUGGACCGACAUUUCACGCAUUUCCCAUCUCGGCCCCUUUGACGUGAUCGUGGAUAAAUCUACCAGUGACGCCAUUGCCACCUCCCCCGAUCACUAUGUCCCAAGUCCAGCAGAAACAGACUGUGACAACACAUCCCCAUUGCUGUGUCCCGUCAUUCGAGAAACUCUCUCCACGACCGGGGGAGCAAUCAAGGUCUCCCCGGUGGAAUUGCUGGCAUUGCAUCUUGUCCCGAUCACUCGACGGGGUUCAACGUGGAUUGUGCUGUCCUAUUCGAGUCUCCGAUUUGAUAAUCGUCGCUUGAUGGAUCGGUAUUGGUCCCUGCGCUGCCGGAUCCCCAUGAAAGCGCCUUCGGGAAAUGUGUCCUCUACGGCGUAUACCCCCGAGGUAUUUCAUUGGCUUUAUGUAUUGGAACGACGGUAA